GCAGUGCGCGUGGCCGCGGUGGCUGGUGUGGGGUUGAGUCAGUUGUUAGUUGGGGGGGGGAAGCGACUGGUCGUCAGACUGUCCGACCCGCUGGCUGAAGCAGGAAGCGAACGAGUGGUGAGCCCAGGCUGGUGACUGUGCCUUUUUCAGAGUCCCGGCGCUUCGCCAUCUCUCCUCUCUCCCCCUCCUUCGGCUCCUCCCACUCUCCCUCCUCUGGACAACCCCCCCUCCCCCCCCACCCAGGCAAACCGCCGCCUCGGGCGCGCCCCCGCUCCCCCUGUGCUGUCUCUCCGAUGGCGGCCGCUGCCGGGGCCAUGGCAAAGCACGAGCAGAUCCUGCUUCUCGACCCGCCCACAGACCUCAAAUUUAAAGGCCCCUUCACAGAUGUAGUCACUACAAAUCUUAAACUUCGAAAUCCAUCAGACAGAAAAGUAUGUUUCAAAGUGAAGACAACAGCACCUCGUCGGUACUGUGUGAGACCGAACAGUGGAAUUAUUGAUCCAGGGUCUACUGUAACUGUUUCAGUAAUGCUACAGCCUUUUGACUACGAUCCAAAUGAGAAGAGUAAACACAAGUUUAUGGUACAGACGAUUUUUGCACCAUCAAACACUUCAGAUAUGGAGGCUGUGUGGAAAGAGGCAAAACCUGAUGAACUCAUGGAUUCCAAAUUGAGAUGUGUAUUUGAAAUGCCCAAUGAAAACGAUAAAUUGGGUAUAUCUACACCAGGGACCGGUUUCACUACUCCAGUCAGCAUCAUCACCUCAGUUGCAACACCUGCCAAUUAUAGCCUGAAGACUGACCCCAGGGCAUCACACAGUAUGUUCAAACAGCAAAAGCCUAAGAUUGAUAUGGAACCUAGCAAAGCUCUUCCACUGAAUGCAUCUAAACAAGAUGGACCCAUGCCAAAACCGCAUAGUGUUUCACUCAAUGAUACUGAAACAAGGAAACUAGUGGAAGAGUGUAAAAGACUUCAGGGAGAAAUGAUGAAAUUAUCAGAAGAAAAUCGACAUCUGAGAGAUGAAGGUUUAAGGCUCAGAAAGGUAGCACAUGCGGAUAAAGCUGGAUCAAGCUCAGCCAUGUCUUUCAGAGAGAAUGUCACCAGUCCUCUUCCUUCACUUCUUGUUGUAAUUGCAGCCAUUUUCAUUGGAUUCUUUCUAGGCAAAUUCAUCUUGUAGAGUGAAGCAUGCAGAGUGCUGUUUCCUUUUUUUUUCUUGACCAGAAAAAGAUUUGUUUACCUACCAUUUCAUUGGUAGUAUGGCCCACAGUGACCAUUUUUUUUGUGUACAGCGUCAUGAUAGGCUUUGCCUUUAAUGAUCUCUCACGGUUAGAAAACACAAUAAAAACAAACUGUUCGGCUACUGGACAAAUUGUAUAUUAUAUCAGAUCAUCAAUAGCAGGUGUCAGUUGCACAUUCAGUCCUUUAUGAAAUUCAUAAAUAAAGAAUUGUUCUUUGUGGUUUUAAUAAGAGUUCAAGAAUUGUUCAGAGUCUUGUAAAUGUUAUUUUAAUAAUCCCUUUAAAAUUUAUCUGUUGCUGUUACCUCUUGAAAUAUGAUUUAUUUAGAUUGCUAAUCCCACUCAUUCAGGAAUAUGCCAAGAGGUAUUCUGUGGGGAAAUGGUGCCUCUUACAGUGUAAAUUUUCUCCUUUACCUUUGCUAAUAUCAUGGCAGAAUUUUUCUUAUCCCUCGUGAGGCAGUUGUUGACUUGAGUUUUUCAUCCUUACAAUCCUGUCCCAUGGUAUUUAACAUAAAAAAAUAAAACUGUUAACAGAU